CCGUCCCGUCCACUGUCAACAACCGGUUCAGGAUUACCUCUUCAGUUUUUGCCACAGGUUUUUAAUUUAUUUACCUAACUCGGCUAACGGUGUUUCUAACGUUACAUAUGCAGACUCGUCCUUCUUCUUUGUUGGUGUUGUGGCCAUGGACGGACGCUGUGCUGUUGAGACUUGGGCAGAGUUCGGCGUUUCCGGACCAUCAUGCUCACCGAGAGUCAAGCGUGGUUUUGGGACAAAUGUGCUCCUAUGUACCGGCAGCGACGAGGUCUAUGUGUUCACCCAGGAGAGAAAACUCACGGCUGUCCUCCAGUUCCCUGGUCCUGUGAGUGACCUGGUUGAGAGUCAUGACAAACAGCUCCUCUAUGUAGCCUGUAGGACUGGAGUUUAUUGUGUCAGUUUACAAGUUCUGCUGUCCAGAGCUCAAAGCUCCCCGGCUGAUGCAUCCUCCAAUCCAGCUGAGCUAAAAGUCUCCUCCGAGUCUCUGGUUGUUGCAGAAGAAGGUGUGUCAUCACUGCUUCACGUCAACUCUGUACUCCUGACUCUCACCCAUAGAGACACAACCUGGAUGUUGACUCUGUACCAAUCCUCAAAUUAUGAGAUGCUCACCUCAUCCACAGUGGUCUCAGGACUUGUUCACAAUGACACAGAGAGACAAACGGGAAGGAGAAGGAGGCCUGUGCUGAUUUGUGUCUACUGUAGUGAUGCAACACCAACAUCAGAGGCAACUUUAAGUGACGACCACUUCCACCUCGAGCCGGUCCUCUUCAAACUUCUGUUUGGAGUAGAUGCCGCCCUUGCCAAAUCCCCUGUUAUCCUCUGUGGCCUGCCUGAUGGGUGCCUGUAUUUCUUCCCCCUGCGUCUCCCAGGGUCACAGCUCAGAGUCCUGCACAGCCUUGAGCAGCCAAUUGUAUUUGUCGGAGCAUCUGACGUCGUGGAAACGGGUCUACAAAAUGCACAGUGUUUGGUGGCAUUGGGUGAACUAGGGAGAGUGGUGCUGAUCAGAAUGGACAAGGGAGGGGACAGCAGAACUAGUUUUAUUGAGGGGUGUGUGCCGGGGCCUGUGAUGUGUGGCUGUGUGGAUAAAAGCUGUCUUUACUACAGCACUGGGUCAGACCUGCUGGUACUGGAUCUAUCAGAGGGAUCAUCUGGGAGAGAAGGCCAAGAGAGGAAUGAGGAGACAACUAGUAAGACCGACGCCGCCCUCCAAAGCCCCACCAGUUUAAAUGUGUGUAGAGUGGUCGCCUUGGCUGAGCCUACAUGCAACACUGCAGGUGAGGUUCAGCUGCUGGGGCUGUCUGUCAGAGGGCAGCUCCAUAAGAUUACCUUGCCUGUGGGUCGAGAGGAUGCAAGAUUGUCCAAGGUGCCGUCCACACAGGCCGGCCGCAGCAUCAGGGACCUCCUGUCUGCUAUCGGGGACGUCUGUGAAAGAGCAUCGUUGCUGAAAACUGCCAUCAAAUCCAAAAACCACAUCCUGAGGCACCUCAAUCAGGUGCUAAACAUCAGCUUCUUGCUGAUAGCCAGUACAAACAGUGAAGAGCAUCUUCCCAUCCAGGAGAAGCCCAUCAGAUGCCAUGGCAUAACCAGCUGGAACAGAUUGCUCCAAAAAGACUCCCUGAACCUGACAUGUGUCCUGGAUAACUCAAGUCCUUAUGUUUUAGAACAAGGCUGGACGCUGAGCGUUGCUGUAUUCCCUCUGUCCUAUCCUCCCACUGCAGGGGGGGGAAGCUCCUCCACAAAUUUUUUAUUCCCGUUCCACAAUCUCCAUCCAGGGGAGAAGUUAGAGGUGUCGCUGCCUCUAGCAGCUGCAGGUGACACAUCCUUCCCCGUGACAGUGAGCUGCUCACUCAUCUUCUCACUCACAGCUCUCCUGGGAGAGGAGGCUGCAGACCUACCUGGGCUGCAGAGUAGUUGCAUCAGUUUGCCCUUGAACACAUUGACAGUGGAUUGGUUGCACGCCUUGCAGGUGAACAGUCCCAUAGCCACCCAUCAAAAGGCCACGUCUCAAUCCAGCAACACAACAGAUACCAUCCAAGCUUUUAUCAGAUCAAACCGGAUUAGGUGUGGUGGACGAGGGGAGGGAGGAGAGAGUGCUUCAAAGCCUGAGCGAGAGCAAUAUUCAGCAAGUUUACGGGUGUUGUCAGAGUUACUGAGGGAUACGCUGGUGUUGAAAAGCUCAGAUUUGGAUGUGCAGGGGCCAAAUGUGGCUCCUCAAAAUGUCUGCCUUUCUCUGCUGGAGUGGCUGUUCUGUGAAGGUUGUGGAGGAGUGAAGAUGGGACAUCAAAGAGACAAUAUUACACUCAGCACCUCAGUGGUCCAUGCUCGAGCUCCAAAUGGACACACUGUCAAACUGACUGCAAAAGAGGUGAAUGUAGGGGAGGAGAGCAUGAGGAAGGAGGAGUCCCUGGCCACAGUGGAGGUUCAGGUUGAGAGCUUGUCUAUUGCAGCAGUGUGUGGACUGCACCAUGCUGUGCUGCGCCGGAUACAGACUCUGUUGCAGAGGGCUCCUGAGAGGGCUGCUUCCACAAAGACAGUCCAGAGUUUAGGUUUAAGACAAGCACUGCAACGAGCCGAGCACCUGCAACGGCAGAUUGACCAAAGUCGAAUCUCGGGGGCCUUCGGCGUAGGCGUGUCCACAGGGCAGACGGACCGAUCUCUUCUCAGUGUUUACCGGGUGCUCAGAGAAAACCCUCUCCUCAUAAUUUAGCACUUUUUCCGUCCGAGCCCACGCAGCUGCCCUUGGCCGUGUCCGGUGUUAUAUAACAUGUCUUUGCAGCCGAUGCAUGAAAAAUAAUGUCCAUAACUGUCAUUGUUAUUGUGAAUGUGCUUUUACAUCACUGUAAAUGACUGUUACCAUUUUAUAUUUUACACAAAGAAGAAUUUGUGACUUAUUAUUUGCCAUCAUUAUAUUGUACAUAUUGUACAUGCUGUAAAAAGUAAUGAUCACCCUAUUUUUUGUGAGUGAACUGAAGGUGACAGAGGAGCACAGAUGGAGUAAAAAUAUCUGCAAUCACACUCCAAAUGGGAAAACUGUGACCUAUAGCCUGCUGAAGGUCGCUGGUUCACGGUCUGCUGAAGUGUCAGACAUGUAGGAGUAACAGUGACACUCGACCUGACGUCUUGUGUAAUUUUGUGUAAUAGUUGUUCUUGAAGGUGGUGCUGGAGACAAGUGUACGCACAUGUUCUGGGUUUUUUUCCUGAGCAGAGGUUUGUCUAAGGAAAGGAUUCAAAUGUUCUUCAGCACAGCACCAAUUAAGUUUUGAGGGAUUAAAGCUAGAGUGACAUACCUGAGAAAACUGACUGGACAUUGAAGACUGGAUAGACAUCAUAAUUAUUUUAGGGAUUGAACCCGCAGCGUUCUAGUGAUGGAUAACCUCCCUAAAACCUAAAACCUCUGGACUGCUGUGUGUCUGUGCAAUAAGACAAGAGGGUAAAAGGUUAGGGUGGGUGAGAGAGGAUUUAGUCUGUGCCAGUGAGGUUAUCACGUAGAAACCUAACAUCACCUCCAGAGGGCCCUACAGUAAUUGUAGUCACAUUGCAUGACCCCUCUCAACCUUGAUGUGCCUGAGACAUGCAGCAGUUUCUACUUUAAUGGUCCUGUUCUUGUAACAUCAGGAACGACUACUUUAAUCACAGAAACAGCAACACCUUCUCGCAUCAAGGUGUAAACUGCGUAAGCUGCUGGUCUCCACAUGUCCGAAGCAGCAGCAGGUCCUGGCAUGUGGAGUGUCAGACCAGAGUGAUGUUUGCUUCCUG